AAUAUAUGUUAUGAUUCAGUGGUUGGGUAUACUUCAAUCCACAGUCAGCACUAACUUGAGUAGUAGCUAGCUAGUUGCAUAUGAGCAAAUUGAAAGAGAAAAAAAAAAAGGAAAAAAAAGACUGCAAGGCACGCAAUGCAUUAGAUGUGGAUUUGAAUUGUCUAUUUGGGUUGAAGUUAAUAAAGAAGAAAACAAAAAUAGGUAGUAAAAGGAUUGCUAAAAGGGUUUUGUUAUUUCCUGUCAAAUUUAAAGGCAGGCCGAAGAAGUCUCAUGCUUACCACUCAUACAAACAAAUACAACAAAGGCAAAAUUAGACUUUGUCAACCUCAUUACACCACAACUCCAUUUUGCCCCUUUGAUUUGUUUGUGUUAAACUAUUCUUAGGCAUGCACCCUUUUCUCUCUUUCUUCUUUCUUUCUCUUUCACUACUCACUUCCUUUCUCUAUGCCAUCACAAAAUUCCACCACCAUUCUCUCAAGCUUCUUCUUCUUCUUCUUCUCCUCCAUCCGCAGCAACACCCGUUUCCAAUCAUUAUAGUCCCUCCCAUUGUUGCUCCUAAUGCUUGAUAAGGGCAGGCACGCAGCCGUGCGCGCGCCACCCUGUAUCAACAUCACCAGCAUGGCUUGUAAAGAUAAACCCUUGUUCCUAUUCCUAUCUUUCGUGGUAUCGGCGCAUGUUGUUGUGUCUUCAGCAUUGACAGACUCUGAAAACCUACUUAAGUUCAAGGAUUCCCUAUCCAAUGCCUCGGCACUAGCCAAUUGGAGCGAGAAUAUAAAACCAUGCAAUGGGGACACAUCGAAUUGGAACGGUGUUAUUUGCGUUAAGAAUUAUGUUUGGGGUUUACAGCUUGAGAGAAUGGGAUUAACAGGAAAAAUAGAUUUUCAAAUUCUAGAAAGUUUUCCAGAAUUAAGAACUAUCAGCUUCAUGAAUAAUAGCUUUGAUGGUCCCUUGCCUGAAAUUAAGAAACUUGGAGCAUUGAGAUCAAUAUACUUAUCAAACAAUCAUUUUUCCGGAGAGAUUCCUGACAAUGCUUUCGAAGGUUUGUUGAAGCUGAAGAAAGUAUUCCUAGCACAUAAUGGGUUUGAGGGUGCUAUUCCUUCAUCAUUGGCUAACCUGCCAAAGCUUUUGGAUUUGAGGCUUGAGGGUAACAAAUUUUCAGGGAAGUUACCCAAUUUUAAAGAGAAAUUUGCGUCAUUGAAUGUGUCAAACAAUGAAUUAGGAGGGCCAAUUCCUGAAUCCCUUAGCAAGUUUGAUUUGACCUCUUUUUCUGGCAACAAAGGUCUCUGUGGAUGGCCACUGAGCCAAUGUGACGGCUCCAAUUCCUCUUCCAUCUCUAAGAAGCCACCAUUAGCAAGUAUAGUUGUGGUGGCUAUAGUGGUUGCGGUAGCAAUUGCAGCGAUUGUUGGUGCUGCAUUCAUUCUUUUUACUCGUCGGAAACGAACAUCCAAGACAAUAGAGACUCCACCACCACCACCACCGUCAAACCUUCAGAAGAAAACAGGUAUCAAUGAUGUAGAGCAAGGCCUACAAGCAGGCUCAUCAGAGCAGUCAUCACAUGACAAGAAAACUGAGAUAACAAAGUUAUCCUUUGUGAGAGAUGACAGGGAGAGAUUUGAUUUGCAUGAUUUGUUAAAGGCUUCAGCUGAGAUUCUGGGAAGUGGGUGCUUUGGUUCUUCUUAUAAGGCUGCUCUUUCAACUGGUCCCACCAUGGUGGUUAAGAGGUUUAAGCAAAUGAACAAUGUUGGCAAAGAAGAGUUUCAAGAGCACAUGAGGAGAUUAGGGAGAUUAAGGCAUCCUAAUUUGUUACCACUUGUUGCUUAUUAUUACAGAAAAGAAGAGAAGCUCUUGGUCACUGACUAUGUUGAGAAAGGCAGCUUAGCUGUUCAUCUUCAUGGUCAUCAAGCUCUAGGGCAACCAAACAUGGAUUGGUCAAUAAGAUUAAAGGUUGCUAAAGGGAUAGGCAAAGGUCUUGUAUACCUCCACAAGGAGCUUCCAAGCAUAAUAGCAGCUCAUGGUCACCUUAAAUCCUCUAACGUUCUUAUAGACGAAUGCAACGAGCCCCUCCUCACAGACUAUGGACUAGUUCCUGUAAUCAACCAAGAAAAUGCCCAAGAACUCAUGGUGGCCUACAGGUCACCUGAAUACCUGCAACUAAGCCGGAUAACUAAGAAGACAGAUGUAUGGAAUCUUGGGAUAUUGAUUCUUGAGCUUCUGACAGGAAAAUUCCCUACAAACUUUCUGCCACAAGGUAAAGGAAACGAAGAGGAAGAUUUGGCAAGUUGGGUGAAUUCUAUUCCUGAGGAAGAAUGGAUGAGUAAGGUGUUUGACAAGGAGAUUAAGGCAUCAAAGAGCAAUGAGAGUGAAAUGAAGAAGCUACUGAAAAUUGGGUUGAGUUGCUGUGAAGGGGAUGUGGAGAAGAGGUUGGAUUUAAGAGAAGCUGUUGAGAGAAUUAAUCAGGUAAAAGAGAAAGAUAGUGAUGACGAUCUUUUCUCUUCUUGUGCUAGUGAAGUUGAUACAAAAUCUUCAAGAGGAAUUUCUGAUGAUUUUGUUUUUUCUUGAAUAUAAAUUGAUGAUUUGGUUGGUAUUUGAGGAAAGGAAAAAAAAAAAAAAAGAACAAAUGUUACACCAUUGAUCUCUACAUGCUUGGAGGAUUACAAAUAUAUUCUUGCAAAUUAAUUGAAGGACUUGAAGGUGGUUAUGGGAAUGCUAAUGCACACUAAUUAAGAAAAUUCUUUUAAUUUCUUGUUUCUCCAAUGUAAAUUAAUUUUUACGGUGGAAGAUCGAGUGAUAAUGAUGAGUUUUUUAAUGCAACUAUUUGUUUUAUUUAUGCCACUAA